UGAACAUAAACACCACUGUAGAGGCAGGGAAUGGCAAGCACAUGAGGGCCUUGGAUGUUUUUAAAUAUUCCAUAAAAUAUCUUUACACACGGGCAGUAGAGGUGAUUAAGGAGAGAACUGGUGACGAAGACUUCGGAGGAAAUGAUGUGCAAUGGGUAUUGACCGUCCCAGCAAUAUGGAAACCAGCGGCAAAACAAUUCAUGAGAGAGGCUGCUUAUCAAGCAGGGCUGGCACAUCCCUCAAACCCAGAGCAGAUACUGAUCGCUUUGGAGCCAGAGGCGGCCUCCGUCUACUGUAGAGAGCAAAAGGUAAGAGAGUUUGUUGCUGAGAGUGGUAGCAACGAUGACUCGGUUGAGGACACCAUCGCCCGACCAGAAUCACAGUACAUGGUAAUUGACAUUGGAGGCGGAACUCUUGAUGUGACUGUUCAUAAACUUAUGGAAAACGGUGCAAUCCGAGAGCUUUAUAAAGCCACAGGAGGUACAUUUGGAGGACAGAAUGUCAACAGACAGUUCAGAAUCCUUCUUGAACAAAUUUUCACCAAAUCCCUCCUCGAUAAUUAUGCCUGUCACAAUCCGGUGGAUUGGCUCUGUCUCAUGAAUGAUUUCGAAGUAAAGAAACGCGGAAAACGUAUCUGUGAAGGGGGGACAACACGAAUCCGGUUGCCUGGUAGUUUCUUGAGUAAAUUUCUCAGCCAGAGAGGUUGCCAUAUUAACACAGCCAUUCAGCAGCAUUACAAAAUGGAUGAAAUAAAAGUCCUUCGUAACGAGUACCUCUGCCUUGAACCAAAAGUCAUGAGGCAGCUGUUCAACCCAGUCUUGGAUGACAUCAUUUCCCACCUCUCCAACCUUCUCGCCAAACCAGAAUUGUCUGAGGUCAAGUUUGCAUUCCUCGUAGGCGGUUUUUCUGACUCAGCUGUUUUACAGGAAAGAAUCAAGGGGCAUUUUGGCCAUGCCUAUCGCAUUUUAAUACCGCACUGCGCAUCCCUUGCAGUUGUCCAAGGUGCUGUGAUGUUUGGACAGAAACCUAACACUUUCGAGUCCAGAAUAAUGGCUACCACCUAUGGCAUUCGUGUACAUAAGCUCUUCCUCGACGGGUUACAUCCUGAAUCGAAAAAGGAAAUAAUAGCUGGAAUCCCACGCUGUAAAGAUGUGUUUUUUAAGUUUGUUAAAGUCGAUGAAGUCGUUAAAGUUGGAGAAAAACGUCAAUUCACUGGUUUUGCACCCUUGACAGGCGAAGAGAAACAAGUGAAGCUCGAUUUCUACCAAUCAGAAUGUCCAGAUGCGGAGUUUGUUACAGAUCCUGAGGUGCGCAAGGCCCCCGGUCGUGGAUUAGUGAUUGAAACACCAGAGGCAUGGAAAACGAAAGAUAUUGAGAUCCAUUUGCUCUUUGGUGGAACUGAGAUAAAGGUCACGGCUGUUAAUCGUACUAGCAACCGACAAUCCACGGUUCAUCUAGACUUUCUGGCCAGCAGUUAGUAGAUUUAGGCAUUUUUCAAUUGUUCAGCAUUAGUAAACAAUUGCAGAAAUUUGUGUCAGAGAAUGACUUUAGAAAUUGAUGUAUGGGUUUACCGGUGGCAACACCGGUCCCUCCAAACUACCUGUAAAUUUGUCAUUUUACCAAAACAAAUAUUUUUUCCAUUAACCGAUGAAUUUUUGUGAUACGUAACAAAUACCAUUGUUAUCCAUUUAUAUGUUGAUACGAAAAUUAGUACUACUUGCAAUUAUAAGCAUCACAAAGGUUUUUAAUUGAUUAUUUCAGUGGAUAUCGAGUCUUGCUACUAUCUCAAAAUUACUAUUCCAUAAAAAUGAUUGUGGAAGACUACAUUAGUAUUGAAUCAUUUUAGAUUUUAGGCGGAAAGUUUUUGAGGUAUAUACGUCGGUAUUUCUCUAGUAAAUAAUGAUCUUUAAUUUUUUCCCUACUCUUCUUGAUAUUUAAAAGCAGCUUACUAAACUUGCAUAUUGCAGAUUGUAGGAUGGGUGAGUUAUCCUUCAUACUCAGUUCGCGUAAUUCGUCACAGCUAAAUUUUUAUGAAGCUGUCUACAUAAUGAAAUUUAAGUCAACAUUUCAUGAAAGCCUCACAGCCUAUAAGACUUAAGACUUAUUCUACUAGUUUCUUCAUUCUGUAAAAACGCACAUCAUCUGUUAUAUUCAUUUUGUAUCAUCCAUGGUAAAGAUAGUGCUAGUUUUACAUCCUAUAGUGAUUAUGGCUCUGGAAUAGAGAAUCUCGCAUGAACUAAAACUUAGUUUAGAUUGAUUUCCAUUCCCGGCUCGUCUUCUUCCUUCUUUACUCGAAAAUUUUAGUUGCUUCUGUACGUGUUCUUGUAUUUCGUGUUCAUUUUCCAGCUAACCUUUGCAGUUGGAGCACUUACGCACUUACAUCAGCCCCUCACCGAGAUGAUUUUCGAACCGUUGGCCCAAAGUUUCCAGUCUGCCAGAUUUUAUGCCGGUACACCGCUCAUAAUCGAAAGACGAACAGUGACAGUAUUAGCAUCGAUCACAAGUAACGCAAUGGCCGGGCGGGCUAUGUAUAUUAUUUAACUGAUAUCUGAAUGACGCAGAUAACUGAUGUUGCUAGUCAGAUAUUCAAGUAUGUUUUAUGAAAUCCCACCGGACACACUAAAGUGGAAAAUUAUCCUUGAAAAGAAUAGCAAUAACGGUUAAGAGGAGGAGUAAGUUGAAAAGUAAAAACUUUCUGCUUACAAGGAGUAAAAACUGGAACUAAAACAAAACCGGAAAGAAAAAGUCAUUGACUCACCAUUAUCGAUGAAAGUCCCUCCUUAUCAAC